ACAGUAUUAAUAGAUUUUAUUUGUUAAAGGUUUUCCUGGCUAUAUCGCGAGCUUAAAUAUUAUGAUAAGGUAACCGUUAGGAAUAAAUUAGAUUUAAAUAAUGAAGUACCUAAUUCUCCUGAUAUUCAUAUGUAUGGAAAUCAAAGCUGAAGUAACACGAAAAAGAAGCUGCCCUUCUAAUCCAUGCAAAAAUGAUGGGACCUGUGUCUAUUCGUGGUGGAGACGAAGUAGAUAUCGAUGCGAAUGUAUUGAUGGAUAUUGGGGACCGAAUUGCGAGAAAGUUAAUGACUGCAAUCCAAAUCCAUGUAAAAAUAACGGCACUUGUGAACUGGCAAGGAACAAGCAUAUAUGCUUAUGCAAACCGGGGUUCUGGGGAAUUAACUGUGAAAAAAAUGAAGAUCCAUGCGAGCCAAAUCCGUGUAAAAAUAAUGCACUUUGUUCACGAAUGAGGUUCGGUGGAUAUUUCUGUGAAUGUAGAGAAGGAUUCGGUGGAGAGUUUUGUGAAAAUACCGGCAAAGAUUCUUGCGAAAAAACGCCAUGCAGAAACGGAGGACAAUGUGCGGGAUCAGAUUUGCGAUUUUUUCGUUGUUUUUGUGCGAAUGGGUUUGGAGGGAAAUAUUGCCAGAUGCCGAACUCUUGUCGACCAAACCACUGCCAAAACGGAGGAAUUUGCAAUGAAUAUUUUUUGUUUUUCGCAAGUGGAAGUGACUGUGAAUGUGCACCAGGUUUCCGAGGAAUUCAUUGCGAGCAUCCAGGCUAAGUUGUUCGCAAAAAUUAAGAUUUCAUACCGGACUCAAAGUUUCAAAAUCUAAAAAGACAUUGUAAAGUUUAUUUUGUAAAACGCGUGGCCAUCAUUUCAAUGCAAUGCAUAAUAAAGAAAAAGGCGACCUGCUGCUGUAGCUGUUGAUGAAACUUGUGAUACAGAGUAACUAUCUAUACUGUGGAAAACCAUAUUUGUACACUGACUUGACUUCCGGGGUUAAAGGAUGAAUUCCGAUCUUCUGUGUUUUCACUAUCAUUCCAAUUCGUGAUUUUUGCAGAACAAGUACCUGCCAAUUACCAAAGAGAAUUAUCGCUAUUGGGUUAUUAGGAGUUGUAAUAAGUUUCUGCAACUUUCAUAAGCUUUUGUGCAAUAUUGUAUUUUAGUUGGUUUCAGUGAUAUUUGCAUGUACAAAAACAAUUUCUCAAUUGAAGAACUAUAUAUAUUUAAAAUCAAUAAUAAGAGGUGAAAAAAGUUA